AAUGCACUGUGACAUCAUCACAGCCCGCACCAGUUUUCCGAAGGAUUUAAUCCUGUGCAUUACUAGGCUGUUAUGAAACACAGACAUGCAGAUUUACCCACCAGGUGGAUAUCUAGCAAUCUAAGCUCAUUUAAAAGGUUAACAUUGGGAGAGGCAGCAUAAAUUAGAUGGAGAGAGAGAGAGAGAGGGCGGGAGAGAAACAGAGAGAGAGAGAGGGAUGGGUAAGCAUGUUGAGGGAUAAAGGCACAGAAAUAGACAGACCAAUUGCAGGAGAGACAGGGAAAGCACUGGCCCCAGAGAGCGGGUGACGAAGGGAAACACACUGCACAGGGAGCUGUGCAACCAGAGGGAGGAGAGGACAGCGACACACGCACGACAGCGCCAAGCUCAGCGAUCGCUCCGAACUCAUCGCAGAGGACCGAGCCUCAGAGUAAUGAGGGCCCCCUCCGGACCCCAGUGAACCCCGCUGUGCUGUCACAGCGACCCUACAUCAGCCGCCCGCCCGACCGCUGCAGAACCCCCAGACCUCAGCCGGGGACAGCCAACCCACCGACCGAGCCAGGGGCGAAACGUGGACCCGCGGGGAAGAGGAAGAGAGAGAGAGAGAGAAAGGAGAGGAGAGGAGAGGAGAGGGACGAGCGUGCGAGGAGGUGAAAGGAGGGGGCAGCCAUGAGGAAGGCCAGGAGAGCCAGCAACGUGGAGGUGCCCUCCUUCCUGCGCCAGCUGGUGAAGGAGACGGGCAAGCUGGUCACCUUCUUCUUCAAGGGGGAGAAGGCCGAAGGGGUGGCGGGGGACCUGCUGGACGAGGACAGCGAGGACGGGCUGGUGCUCAGCCCCUACCUGGACAGGCCGGUGCUGGAGAAGCACGUGGCGGAGGGCGAGACCAAGUGGGGCGCCAGCUACGCGCUGGCCAGCAUGCAGGGCUGGCGCACGCAGAUGGAGGACGCCCACACCUGCGCUCCGGAGAUCGGCGCGGAGCUGGCCGGCUGGAGCUACUUCGCCGUGUUCGACGGGCACGCCGGCAGCAUGGUGGCGCAGUACUGCUCCCACAACCUCCUGGAUCACAUCCUGGCCACAGGCGCGGUGAAAGCGCAGGAGGACCAGGAGGAGGUGAAGGAGGGGAUCCGCGAGGGGUUCCUGCGCAUCGACAAGCACAUGCACGGCCUGGCGCGGCGGGACGGCUGGGACCGCAGCGGCUCCACGGCGGCGGCCGUCCUGCUCUCGCCCGCCCGCGUCUACUUCGUCAACUGCGGCGACUCGCGGACCCUGCUCUGCCGGGACGGGCGCGUGGGCUUCUACACGGAGGACCACAAGCCCUGCAACCCGCGCGAGAAGGAGCGCAUCCAGAACGCCGGCGGCUCCGUCACGCUGCAGCGCGUCAACGGCUCGCUGGCCGUCUCCCGCGCGCUGGGCGACUUCGACUUCAAGGAGGUGGAGUGGCGGCCGCAGACGGAGCAGCUGGUGUCGCCCGAGCCCGAGGUGUUCGAGGCGGAGCGCUCGCCCCACGACGAGUUCCUGGUGCUGGCGUGCGACGGGGUGUGGGACGCCAUCAGCAACGAGGAGCUCUGCGCGUUCGUGCGCAGCCGGCUGCAGGUCUGCGAGGACCUGCGCGAGGUCUGCACGCAGGUGCUGGACCUGUGCCUCUACAAGGGCAGUCUGGACAACAUGAGCAUAAUCAUAAUAUGCUUCCCUGGCGCCCCCCAGGUGUCACCUGAGGCAUUGCAACGUGAGGCUGAGCUGGAGGAGGUGAUUGAAGGCAAAGUUGCAGAGGCCUUGAAGAUUCUGAGAUCGAAAGAUGAAGAGCCUGACUUGCUUUAUGUGAUAAAGUUCCUGACCUCAGAAAAUAUACCUGGGUUGCCACCAGGGGGCGGUAUCUCCAGCAAGAGGGACUGCAUUAUCUCUGCCUAUCAGAAGUUGACAGUGGCAUACAGACAACAAGAGCAUGAAGACACCGGCAACUCCGAGGAGUCUUGCUAGAGGUGGUUCCCAUGGAAACAGAACCUUCGGCCCCGCAUCUCCAUAGUGACGCCUACCAAAAAUGCAAAAAGAGAAGGACUCUAAAAGUCUAACUGAAGAUAGGAAAAAGUGC